AUGACGUCUGUUCUGGCUGUCGGCCUUGGAGUCGCAACUGCAGCAUUCUUGGGCCGUGCCGGACUUGUUGCUUUUCGCCGAUAUAGAGAUGGCGUGAGCAGCAUAGGAAAAGCCUUUUACAAGGGAGGAUUUGAACCUCGUAUGACCAGGCGCGAGGCAUCACUUAUAUUGGAACUUUCUGAACGGAACUUGAACAAAGACAAAAUCCGAACGCACCAUCGCAAACUUAUGCUACUCAACCAUCCUGAUCGGGGAGGAAGCCCGUACCUUGCCUCAAAGAUUAAUGAAGCGAAGGAAGUAUUAGAAAAAAGCUAG